AUGAGUGGCUACGUACCCCCUCCCUGGCAAGCACCUCCUCGUCGAACCGGCGGAUGGAAUGAUCCUCGCUUCUCGCAGGCGCCGCAGCAUCAACCUCAAUAUCAGUAUCAGCAGCCACCGCCGCCGCCGCAGACUUCUGCACAAUCACCCAUCUCUCCAAUUAACCCACAAGCCUUCGCCUAUCAUCCGCCUGACCCGAACCAAUCCGCCGGCGUUGGUAGCGCUCCAGGAUACACGAAUACGUAUGAUACGUCUACCUGGGGUGUGAAAUAUAAUCAAACUCAGACACAGCCUCAGCAAUGGCAGGUUGCAGAGGAGAGACCUCCAGCACUUCCACCGCGUCCAGGGAGUGCCGCGCCUAACCCUCGGCCUCAGUCCGCAGCACCGACAGAUCAAUGGCAACAGAACUAUGGCACGCAGCCGUCGGCUCCUUCGUCUUCGCAGACCCACCAACAGCAGCCGUCGUGGUCGACGUCCUACAAUCAGCAAGAGCCUUAUGGCCAUGCCAUACCACCUCCGCCGCCACCCAAACCACCGGUGUACGAAGCACAGACGCAGCAGCAGUACCAGCAGGCGAAUCUGCCUCAUGAGCAAUACUCUCAUCGGCCCAUGACCCAUCACUACGACCCUUCAAAUCAGACCAAUUAUAGUCAGCAGCAGUACGGUCUGCAUGCAUCUACAUCUGGGCCACUUCAAGACGCUGCCCCAGUCUCUCCGAUUGAGCCAGACCAGCACAAGUGGCACCAGGGCCCCGGAGUGAUGCAAGCGCCUGCUACGCCCGGAGAGAGCCAGUUCCAUUCAACAGCUCUGGGAUCUUAUGGAGGACCUUCGGACUGGGAGCACUUUGGGGAUGGUUCCACCGUUAGUCCCACGUUGACAUCACCAUCGCAAGCUCACGCAGUACCCGUAUCCAUUGCUCCUACCAUUGCAAACUCACCCCCACCAAUGCGGCCAACAACGGCUAGCCCACCACCGAUAGCAGAUUACAAUCAGCCUCCGCAACCCACGCAACAAGACAGUGGAAGCUCAUCCGUGCCCUCUACAAGCAUCAGAAGGACUGAUACUAUUGACGGUCUUAUCAACGCCUGGAACGCGCCGUUGAACGUCGGACCGAAGACUAUUCGCGAGGAUGCUCAACGGCCUCAAUCCAGCGGUUCCAACCAGGAAGUACCUAGAGAACGCGUCAUUGAAGUAGUGAAGGAAGUCGAGAAAGUUGUAGAUCCGUACCAAGAUCUGGAGCCCGAGUUCCGGGCAUCGCUGAAGCGAUAUGCUGAGAUGCUGCGGAAAGAGGCAGCUGCCGACACCGAUGAGGAGAAAUUCGCGGCAUUCGAAGCCUUCAUCAAGAAGGAGUUGCGCCUUCGCGCGAUGCUCUACGGCAUGGAUUCUCCUUUGCAACUCAUCAAAACACAUGAAAAGUCUACGCCUCCCGUGCCAGCAAGCGUACCAGUUGAGAAGCCGCCAAACGUAGAGCCACCCGCUGCCCCUGUGUUAGCUCCAGCUGCACCUGUACCCGCAGAGGUAAACCAAGAGCAGAGACCUGACAAUAGUGUGCGGCCAGCUACGCCAACAACGACCGAGAAGCCACCAACGAAUAUGCCUGAUAAAGGAGUCUCUUCGCGGGAAAACCCACCCGCCGGCGCAGUCACGAGUUAUGUCCCUACUGUUGGCUCAAUGGCUGCGAUGCUUAAAGAUUCACCCGUCAAAGAUGAGUCUUUUGUUAUGGUCAGCGCUGAUGAUGGUGAAGAGUAUAGCCCGGGUGGUCGGCCGCGUAUGAAGAAAGGUCCGGAAGAGGCAUACAGUCCCGGUGGAAGGCCCAUUGUGAAACCUAGCAAUGCACCCAACACGGCAAAGAAGGCAGUUCCAGAGCUGAGCAUACCGACAAAGCCUCCGCCACAACCAGCAGCGACAUCUCCGGGUGCGAACGCGCCCAUGGUCCUGGAGGACUAUAUCAUGCCAGGGUUACCUUCGCCAGGCGCUAAUGCCCCGAUGUUAGUCGAGCCCCCAACACCAAAUCCAGCUUCAGCGUCAGCCAAUGCACCAACUGUAGUGGAGAAUUCUAUGAGCAGCAAUGCAUCCAAGCGGUCAAGUACAACGUCCAACAAGAAAUUUGAGCCGCAAAGACCUGCCUACACGCCUUUCAGGUACAGUCCGGCUGUUCAAGGGCCUUCCUUGCCUGCUGAUCAAUCCUAUUCAUCGCUACGUAAAGAAGGCGAGGAUUCUGGAAGGCUACUGAGGCACGACUCAGCGUCUGGUUCGACCACGACUGUCUCUGGAGCCCUGGGUCCUGCAGCGGCAUUGCAGCCUGGAAAGAGGAUGCAGGACGAGGCAUUUAUAGGGUUAAUUCGACAACAAAGCAAAGCCGUACGAAAGUCUCCUCAGAAGCCUUCAGCAAUUCCACCACCGAUACCACAAUUACGUCUGGGAACGCCCGCAAGAGCCACUACUCCUGCAGCCAAUGCAUCUCGAACGACAACCCCGAUAGCCUCUCUCCGGCCUGGCACUCCGGCUGUACCUAAUGAUCUUCAAGGCGCUGUGGUCGCGUUGAGGGCCACCGUGCCUCACACAGUACCUGAUAGCUAUGGCCUUUCAACGCACAAAGAAGUGAACACCAUCAAGGCGAAAACUGAGUCGAUAGUGGAUCAAUUCGCAUUCAUACACCAAACUGUAGUUGAUUGGGAUAAAGGCAACCGCGUCGUCAGAAAACAGCUUGACGAGGAACGAAGCCACCGACAAGCCGAUUCCGAGGCAAGAAUUGAUGAUAUGUUCAAUGACAACGAAAUCGGAUAUGCCGACAUCGGCGACUUGGAGGCCGAAUUCAAGCUCUCUGAGGCCAAGCUCAAGUAUGACGAAGACAAGGACGAGCUGGACUCCUUCACACGAGACGUGCAUGGUGUUAUCAGCAGCAAACUUCAGCAGGAAUUGUCAGAGCUCAAUGCGCAGUACACGCUUACGAUCGACCUGCUAGACCUAAAAAGCACACCAGCAAGUCAAUGCCUGAUCAAAGAUGGCGAUAAUGCCGAAAUGGGCAUCGUCAUGAACCUGGCCUUGUCCAUCUUCAACAAAAUCGAGCUCCGGUGCCAGAAACUCACCGAGGCGGAUGUUGAGCGCGAAAGGCGACGCAAGCGGCUAGAACUCACAGUCCUCUACACGAACGGGGAUACCCAAGGAGUCAAGGCCCUCGAGGCUGAAUUUGCGGUGGCAGAGAAGAUGCAAGUGUUGUACGAGGCCAGAGCAAGAGACACUCGAGCUAACAAAUUGAUGGAUGCCUUCGACCGUGCCACUGUGAGAGGAUUAGGUGACAAUCAGACAUAUGUGGACGACAUGCUGCCCAAGGUCCGGAGGCUUCGCGAGAUGGUGUUCAGGGAUACCUUCCAUACCCAGGAGCUGCUAUACGGGCCAGACGGGGUGCGCGAGACAUUGGCCGCGGCGCAGAAAGCGAUCGACUUCGUGCUAGCUGACUCCCAAAAGCUCCUCACGCUUUCCAACGUGGCAGACAAGCUUCUCAACGACGCAGACUACUCCGUGUCCGUGGCAGAGGCGCGAGUCUCAAAUGCCGACCGGGCCACAUAUCAAAAGCUCGGUGAAGAGAAAGAAAAAGAGGACAAUAAGAUUGCCGAGGACACCAAUUCACGGAUGAGCGCGAUCGGCAAGGGGCCAGAAGAAGCUAUCGAGUUGAUCCGAGAGGUAGUUGCACGAAUAGGAGACGACCCGGAGCAUCAGGACAGGAUCAAACGAGCAUUGGAGGCUGCCAAGGAGCGGAAUAAAGAUGGCGUGGCGGAGGAUGGUUCAUGA